UAGUAUCUAUCUGCUACUACUCUACAGUACAGCCCCAAGCCCUCCAAGCAAAGCAAGGCCUCUAUACGAAACUCGAGUCUGGAAAUCUGCAAAUAUUGUGCCUGCUGCAUCUGAAAGAAACACAAAGGACAGAAAAUGUGGAGGAAAACAUUUUCCGCACUUCGACAGCCAUGUCUCAGCAUAGCUUGCCGGCGCCACUCUUCCACCAACACCACCGUCUCCUCCGCCGUCAACUCCAUGCUCCUCCGCUCCCUCAAAGACCACUAUCUCGAAGUCUCCAAAAUGGUUCCUCCCCCUAAGGUGAGCCCUCCGGCUUCAUUCACAAUCUUGGCAGGCGCCUUAGAUGGCAAUGGUCCAGUCCUCAAAAGGACUUUCAACGACAAAGAAGAAAUCAACAUUUCCGUUAUGCGAUUAGCUAACAUAAUCCCUGGUGGUAAUGGUAAUGACAAUGAUGAUGAUGAUAGCAUGAAUCAGCUGUUUCUUCAUGUCAACGUGUCGAAACCCGGGCAGCAGGAUUCUCUGCACUUCCUCUGUGGAUUGUAUCCGGAUGCAUUGGGGAUUCACUCUGUUUCGAUGCGGCCUAAGGCUGAGAGUUCUGGCAUUCUCGUUGUUCCGUCUCAGUACACCGGGCCAGUUUUCGAAGAUCUUGAUGAAAGUAUGAGGGAUGCACUUCACAGUUACAUAGAUGAGCGAGGAAUAAAUGAGAGUCUCUUUCCUUUCCUUCAAGCAUGGCUUUAUGUGAAGGACCACCGGAAUCUCAUGCGUUGGUUCAAAUCAGUCGGCAUCUUCAUUAAUGAAAGCAAGUCGGCUUAAGCUAGUUAACAGGAGCAAUUUUCAAAUCAAAAGUUAGCUGGUAGAUGCUAAUAUAUUAGGGAUAUAGUUUUGUUAAGACUAUGUUAGCACACACUAAUAUUUUUCCUGCUGUUUCUGAAUUAUAGAUGUUAUACAUUUAAUUGGCCUAAAUUACAAUUUCAUAGGUGAAUUGGUUUUCUUCC